AUGUCAAAGUCAUUUGACGAUUUCAUAAAGCAGCAGCAGCAACAGCAGAAGCCCAAGGCUUUUGGCUACAGAAAUGCAGGAGAAGGCGGUGCUCCGAAAUACAACUUCAACAACACGUUUGUCCCCUCGAGUCAACCGCAGCCGAACAGAUACGACAGCCACUAUAAUGGAUACGGCGGGGCACGCACGCCGCAGUACAACCAGGACUCAUCGGUAACUUCCCCCGCCGACUCGUUACCAGCAAGCGGCAGAUCCACACCCAAUCCGAAUGCAUCGACAACUUCGCUAACUUCGUUAAACACGGCCCUUUCCAAAUUGAACGUCAAUGUCCCAUUUCAGGAAAACUUGUCGAAUAUCGAACAGGCCACCAAAAUCAGCGACGUCAAGAGCGAAGUCAAUAUCAUUGUCGGCCAGAUUUUGGGUGCAAGCUCACUCUCAGAGGUGGACGAGUGGAAGCUAAAUGACAUCUUGAAAUCGUUACUCAAAUUAAAGAAUCCGCCUUUGGUCAAAGAAGGUGCUUUGCUCAUUAUUCAACAAUUGGCUCAACAAAUUGCUGGUCAAUCUCCCAAGGAGUACUAUUUUCUCCCCUAUUUGUCCACGGCGUACGACAUGUUUACCGAUAAGGAUAAAAACGUUGUCAAGGCCGCCAAGGCCGCCACCGAUGCAUUAUACGCAACUUUCCCCGUUGAAGCCUUGGGCUCGGUGGUCAUUGACGAGUACUUGGCCAUCUUCAAGUCGGGCGCCAAAUGGAAUUCUAAAGUUGCCGCAUUGGCCAAUUUCGACAGGAUCAUCGACGAUGUCCCCGCAGAUGUGUUGGAGUUGAAGUUUGUCGAUGUUGUUCCUGUCCUCACCGACUUGUCAACUGAUUUCAAACCGGAGUUGGCUAAGGCUGGUCUCCAAACUUUAAAGAAGUUCGUCAAGGUUUUGGACAAUUUGGAUUUGCAAAACAAGUACGAUUUGAUCGUGGACACUUUGGCUGACCCGCAGAAAGUCACCAAUUGUAUCAAGAGUUUGUCAUCGGUUACAUUCGUGGCAGAAGUCACCGAGCCGGCAUUGUCGUUAUUGACGCCGAUUUUAGACAAAUCUUUGAAAAUGUCGUCGUCAUCAAACGAGCAGUUGAGACAAACGGUUAUGGUGACUGAAAAUUUAACCAGAUUGGUCAACAACAAGAGAGAGAUUGAAGCUUUUAUCCCCAUUUUGUUACCUGGGGUCGAAAAAGUUUACAAAAAUGCGUCAUUGCCCGAGGUUCGAGAAUUGGCAGGCAAAGCCUACAGUGUCUUGAAAGAUGCUGAAGCAGAGCAAACCGACGGUAAAUUCCACGGCAGAAUCUCAUUGAGUGAAGCUCAAGAUUUCUUGGUUUCAAACUUACCCAAGGACGUUCCCAUCCCGGAAAAUGUCGUCGCCGAGCCUCAAACCUUGCCUUAUUUAUCCAAGAUUUUACAAGUUGAUGCCCACGUUAAUGACUGGAAACGCUUGCAUGAAUACUUGAGACUCGUUUCAGAUAGCGAGCUGUAUGCCGCUGCAGUGACUGCCAACGUCAAGCACCUUUUCAACCCAGAGGCCACUCUGGACAGCGUCGAGGAUGACGGUGCUAUUGAAAUUGUCAAUGCCGACUUCUCCUUGGCCUACGGUACCCGUAUGUUGUUGAACAAGACCAACUUGAGAUUACUCAAGGGACACAGGUAUGGGUUAUGUGGUAGAAAUGGCGCUGGUAAAUCAACGUUGAUGAGAGCCAUCUCCAAAGGUCAAUUGGAAGGUUUUCCCUCGGCUGAUGAGCUCAAGACGUGUUUUGUUGAGCACAAGUUACAAGGGUCCGAAGCCGAUAUGGAUCUCGUCAGCUUCAUUGCCUCGGAUCCAGACUUGGUUGACGUUGGCAAAGAUGCUAUUUCCUCCGCCUUGUUUGAAGUUGGUUUCCCCGAGGAAACCUUGUCGAAAAACGUGGGCUCAUUAUCUGGUGGUUGGAAAAUGAAAUUGGAGUUGGCAAGAGCCAUGUUGAUGAAGGCAGAUGUGUUGUUGUUGGAUGAACCUACAAAUCACUUGGAUGUUGGAAAUGUCCGAUGGUUGCAGGAUUACCUUAUUGACCACGCCGAAAUCACCUCGUUGAUUGUCUCGCACGACUCUGGUUUCUUGGACGCCGUUUGUACCGAUAUCAUCCACUACGAAAACAAAAAAUUGGCCUACUACAAGGGCAAUUUAUCUGAGUUUGUCAAGGUUAAACCAGAGGGCAAAUCAUACUAUACCUUGACCGAUUCAAAUGUCAAGAUGGCCUUCCCGCCACCGGGGAUCUUGACUGGUGUCAAGUCCAACACCAGAUCCGUUGCCCGUAUGUCCAACGUGACAUUUGCUUACCCAGGCGCUGCUAAGCCAUCGUUAAAGAAUGUCUCUUGCUCGUUAUCGUUAUCGUCAAGAGUUGCCAUUGUUGGUCCCAACGGUGCCGGUAAAUCGACAUUGAUCAAAUUGCUCACUGCUGAGUUGGUGCCUAAUGAAGGUAAAGUCGAGAAACACCCAAACUUGAGAAUCGGUUAUAUUGCACAGCACGCAUUGCAACACGUUGAGCAGCACAAGGAGAAAACUGCUAACCAGUAUUUGCAAUGGCGUUAUAGGUUCGGAGACGAUCGUGAAGUUCUCUUGAAAGAGUCGAGAAAAGUAUCUGACGAAGAGCUCGAAAUGAUGCAGAAGGAAAUCGAUAUUGGUGAUGGCCGUGGCAAGAGACAAGUUGAGGCUAUUGUCGGUAGACAAAAGUUAAAGAAAUCCUUCCAGUAUGAAGUUAAAUGGAAAUUCUGGUUGCCCAAGUACAAUUCUUGGGUUCCAAGGGAAACUUUGCUCGCUGAAGGGUUUGACAAAUUGAUUCAAAAAUUCGACGAUCACGAAGCGUCGAGAGAAGGUUUGGGGUACAGGGAAUUAUCGCCCAAAGUUAUCCGUAAACACUUUGAGGAUGUCGGGUUGGACGGCGAUAUUGCUGACCAUACUCCCAUGGGAUCAUUAUCCGGUGGUCAAUUGGUUAAAGUCGUUAUUGCAGGUGCCAUGUGGAACAACCCGCAUUUGCUUGUGUUGGAUGAACCUACAAAUUAUCUUGACCGUGACUCUCUUGGAGGGUUGGCCAUCGCCAUCCGUGAAUGGAGCGGUGGUGUUGUCAUGAUUUCGCACAACAACGAGUUUGUUGGAGCCUUGUGCCCUGAGCAAUGGCACGUUGAAAACGGGGAGGUUGUCCAAAAGGGAAGCGUUGGUGUGGACAAUAAGAGAUUCGAGGACGGCGGAAACGAGUCAGCAGAGGGAACGCCAGCUCCUGAGAGCCCUCAACCAGCACAGAAGAAACGUGCCGAUGACGACGACUCGCCUGCUAAUAUCAAAGUCAGAACUAGAAAGAAGAAGAUGACUAGAAACGAGAAGAAAGCACAGGCAGAGAGGAGAAGAUUGAGGUAUAUCGAAUGGUUGAGUUCUCCAAAGGGCACCCCAAAACCCGUCGACACGGAUGAUGAAGAAGAGUAA